UUUCCCUGCUGCUAACGUUUAGAUGCUAAAGAGGGAAGGGUGGUCGUCGUGUGUUUUUAUUUAAUUUACCCCGACUAUUGAGCUGUAUACACUAUUUGUUUCUCCACCCCUAGUCGCUAACCUAAAUUGAUGUUGAAUGAAUUCGGCAUGGAGAGAAUAGCGGAGCAGUCGUGGAAUUCUUCAUACACCUAUCAGGUGAGCAAUCAUAGCGCGCAGAUGCUACACAACCUCAACAUUCAGAGGAAAGAUGGAGGCAGGUUUUGCGAUGUGAUCUUGCGCGUUGGCGAAGAGAGCUUCCCUGCCCACAAGGCGGUACUGGCGGCGUGCAGCGAGUACUUCGAGUCCGUUUUUGGUUGUCAAACGGAGGGCGACGGGGAGGCAAAAGAACUUGAGAUGCAUACGAUAAGCCCCAAAGUUUUUAAAGACAUUUUGGACUUUGUCUACACCUCUAGGAUUGUGGUACAAUUGGAAUGUUUCCCCGAGUUGAUGACAGCUGCUAAGUUUCUGUUAAUGCGUUCUGUCAUCGAGAUAUGCCAAGAAGUAAUCAAACAGUCCAAUGUACAAAUCCUUGUACCACCCUCUCGAGGAGGAGACGUCAGUUUGUUCCGUGCCACGGGGGGCUCUGAAUUGGGUUUCAAAUUAGCCGUAGACAACAUGUCAAAUGGGAAUGGCAAUAAUGGGCAAACACAUAAUGUGGACGGAAGUCAUGCCAAUGACACUGUCGUGUCGGAUGGUAGCCCCCAGUCCACUAUGCCAGUCCUGCAGCCCGUGUCUCCAUCAGAGAAGACGGGCAACCCGUUCCAAGAAGAGGGCUUUCCGGGUUCCAAGAGAGGCAGGGGGCGACCAAAGAAGGUGACAGCCAUAGAGCAUAUACAUUACAACCACAACACCUCUGACGUUAAAGAAGACAUUGAGCAGCUAUUUCCUUGUGGAAUAUGUGGCAAAGCAUUUACAGAGGCUGUGCGGUUGAGAAAUCACGAAGCGCAGCAUGGAGCUUCCAGCCAUGGCGCGAGUAUCGGAGGCGGCCCUACCUUGAUAACGCACUCUGGUCAGCCCGGUCUGUUGGAGAAUGGCAUGCCCUUGCAUGGAACAGUAGAUAACAGCCGUAAACGAGAGAGGACGAGACGUCACGUUGGCUGUGACAUUUGUGGAAAGGUGUUCCGGGAUGUAUACCACCUGAACCGACACAAAUUGUCUCAUUCCGGGGAAAAGCCAUAUGCUUGCCAUGUCUGUGGCCUGCGGUUCAAGCGCAAGGACAGGAUGUCAUACCAUGUGCGGUCACACGAUGGAUCUGUGGGCAAACCUUACGUCUGUCAAAGCUGUGGAAAGGGGUUUUCAAGGCCAGACCAUCUGAAUGGGCACAUCAAGCAGGUUCACACAACAGAGAGACCCCAUAAAUGCCAGAUUUGUAAUGCCUCCUUUGCUACAAGAGAUCGCCUGCGGUCCCACCUGGCUUGCCACGAGGACAAGAUCCCGUGCCAGGUAUGUGGGAAGUACCUCCGGGCUGCGUACAUGACCGACCACCUCAAGAAACACAGUGAAGGACCUCACAACUACUGUAGCAUAUGCAACAAAGACGGGCAAGAGAAUGCUGGGAAAUGCCCCCAUCAGGGAGAAUCUGAGGGAGACGAGCCGUCGUUCAGGGAGCUGUCCAAUGGCGACGAGAUGAAAUCCCUGCACAAGUCCGAGGGGGAGGACCUUGGGUCUCUGACGCCAUUCGCCUGCAAUGGAGCCUCUGCCGGUACUGGGGCCGUGCAGGGGUCGCCACCAGGUGGCGCUAAAGCCAAGACCAGCCAGGACUCGCCAGAGAAAAAGUUCCCCUGCAGCGAGUGCAACCAGACCUUCCGCACCAAAUCCUACCUCAACAAGCACGUCAACAGAGUGCAUCAUCAUGGGGUCCAGAAGAGUCUGGUGGUGGGUGCAGGGUCGGGGUCAGGUCUGGGGGAGCUGGGUCCUUCCCUGGGCUCGCCCUUCUCCCCUCAACAGAACAUGUCUCUACUGGAGUCGUUUGGCUUCCAGAUCGUCCAGUCAGCCUUUGCCUCGUCGCUGGUGGACUCUGAAGCAGGACAUAGUGGGAUGGAGCUGGGGGGGAAGUGACCCGUAGGUCUGAAGGAAAGUGGGGGAACGUUGCCCCUAGGUCUGUCAGCCUAUCAGAUGGAAGGGAAUGACUACUCUUACGUUGUCUGUAGACUGUCUUUAGACUGCUUUGAUGUUGAUGGCAUCAUCUCUCACUGUUGUUGUUUAUCACAUUCUGUCACCUUUCUGUGUCAUGGACCUUGCUAUUACUAUCAAUAUAAAUGUUUUCAUCUAUACCAUUUCAGAGCAAUAUAUCAAAUGUACAUAAACAUGAAUCAUUUUAACAUUAAGCUUAAAAAAAAAAGUACACGAUUUUUUUGAAUCUGCUGUCUAUCUUUGAAGUCUACCGUAAAUCAUAUUUUUGUUUUUAUUGUAUUUGUAUUGUUUAUGACAUAACCAUCCCCUUAUGAUCCAUUACCAAACACACGCACAUAUAAGAAACAUAUAUUAGUCAAUGCUGUUAUUGUUAUUAUCAUGUCUGGUCCAGGAUUUUUUCUCUAUCAAAAUAGGGCUUAGGUGGUGGGUGUGGCAGUGGGCGUGGCCAAUGGCACGGUCGCCGACCAAACAUUUUAGAGGCCCUCUUGGGCGCAGAGAGAAGAUGUUGCUGUUUUAAAAUCUAAUUUCCUGCAGUUUCACCAUGCGGUGGAGAUAACAUUUUACAGUUUUUAAAGCUAGUUUCUUGCAAUUCCACACAUUUUGUCAUGGUGCUGAGGGAAAAAAUAUAUAUUUUAAAGCUAAUUUCCUGCAUUUGUACACAAUUUACCAUGGCUUAUCUAUGUUCUUAUGCUAUCUGAGUGACUCAAACAUUAUAACAAAAUCAAUGGGGGCCCCAUGCCAUGACAAUUUUUUUUUUUUUUUUUUUACAUUUUAGAUUAUCCCUGACUGUCUAGUUUUGAUUUAGAUCCAAAGAGGAUCUUAUUGAAAAAUAUAUAGGCCUAGGUCCAUUAUCUUUUCCACAUACGUUUUCACUGUUUGGACAUAUGCUGCCCGGCCAAGACUUUUCUAUGCAGAAAAUACCCUGAGGUCCUAGUCAUACUGGUAAUCUAUGGGUUAGUACGUACGUUGACUGGGUCAUUUUGAAAUGCUUUGUUAUUAUCUACAUGGUUUUCACAGCUGCAGUGACACCUUCUAACCCAAGCUUUCCCCUUACUUCAGACAGAGCUACUGAUGGGGAGAGGCUGCAGGUGGACCUCUAGUCCAACUCUGAAUAUAAUAAUAGAAUCAGUCAAUUCUACCAGUUUCUGCAGGGCAAGAAUAAAACCGUAUGCCUCACUAUGGCUGUUACAUUUGAGAAUGUUUUAUUCUCUUAUUAUGGCAUUUUUAAGAAGAGAUGUAUUUGUUAGUCACAUACUUGUUAAAUCAGUUCUGGAUAUUCAACAGGGACCAAUUUCAGGUUUGACUAUUAGAAAUCGUGAGAAAUGUAGAAUAUAUUUUAUUAACUUAUUGAUUGCCCUGUCCGCUUUGUGCACAGUUUUUUUUUUUUUAAUAAAUUGAUGUUUGAGAUGUCAAUGUGCUGUGCUGAUUUUACUCUUAAUUUAUGCUAGAUACGGGAGGCCUACUAGGGAGCGACUAAAAGAGCAUGUAUGCUGAAAUAUCUGUGUGUCUGUGUGUUUGGUGCUCUGAUAUGUGUGCUUUUGUCCUCCGAAUGUAAUCAACCAGAAGGCUUUUAGUCUGUAUUGUUUGUCCGAUAAUUUUGCUCUGUUACUUUCAGUACAUUCCUGCUUUUAUUUAUAGUUAUAUUGUGAUUGUAACAAGUGUAUAUAACAUUCAUAUAUUCAUAUAUAUAUGAAAUGCGUAUAUAUAUGAUAAAACCUAAUGAUUGAUUUUAAUAGUUUGUCAAUUAAUGGGGAUCCUGUGUGUGUGUGUGUGUGUGUGUGUGUGUGUGUGUGUGUGUGUGUGUGUAUAUAUAAAUGUUUUUUUCCUUCCUUGCCAAUGAUGGAAAGAGACGUGUAGGUUUUGGUGGUGGUUGUUUGAUUUGAAAGGUUUUCCUCACAGUGCACGCCCAUGAUCUGCUGUGUACUGUUCUGGAUAUAAAUGUUUUUGGGGGUGAGGAUGGGGCGAGAGUUUGUUCACUGGAUAGUGACAGAGGUUUCGCUGUUCACUGUAGACCUGGGUUCAAAAAGUACCCGAAAAGCAUUUGUUUGAGUCUGACUGGAGUGACUGAUGGGUGGGUUUGCACUUUUGGGACUCUUCUAUUGUGCCAGGCAACCUAAAUGAAAUACUAUUUGAACCCAGGUCUAGUUCACUGUGCUGUUACCUGGCUCUGGUAGUGUACCCACUACCAGUUUAGUGAUAUGACCUAUGGCUUUGAUCAAUCAGUCUGUUUAGGUCAUAUUAAGCUCUUUUUAUGUCCCCACUGAAUAGUGAUGCUUUUCACACAGCGAAUGGAGUAAAAAGCGUUUAUUAAGGCCUGUUUUGUGUUAUUUAUUGGAUAAGUGAGCGACGAUGCUGUUUAGAAAUAUGCUCUUAUAUAAUUGGUGGUUGUGGCAACACUUGGGAUCGCCCAUACAUGCUAAUCAAAUCAUCUGGUGGUAUUGUUUGGUUUAUCUCACCUGUUUUGGUACUUCAAUUUAUAGGAUGUUUUUAUUGAUUGAUUGCUUGGAUACUUACCUGUGCCGUUUUCUUGUCUUAUUCUGUUGGUCUGUUGCAAAGUGCCUUCCCAAUACUGAUUGUGCACAGCAGUGGAUUUGAAAUGUGAGAUAAAAAAGGACCUUUCUCUCGAAAUGGUCAAUCAUGCGCAGAUUAACUUGCAAUGACACUUUUGUACGCAUAAACACAUGCAGAAGAUGUACAUUUGUAUAUGUAUGUUACCUUGGUAUUUUAUCUCUCUACUCUGCAAGAUUGUUGAACUUAAUUUUUUUUUUCAGUUACAUGUUUUGUUAUAAAACCUUUGGACAUAUUUCAAUAUAAGCAUACUUUUCUAUAGAUGUCUGUUUUUGUACACUGUUUUUGAGUCUGCAAUCUCUGUCUAAUUGAUACAGAGAUGGGGAUUCAAUAAAGAUGUAUCUGAAACUGUU